CAGCAGUUUCCAUGGCAAAACCAUCAAAGAUUCUAAGAAGAUCAACAUUCACAUUUCUGCAGAACUUCCACCACUUCACCACCACUCCACCCCUACUUGCUCUGCCAUUCGCCGCAUCGGUUCUCCUUCUGCAAUCCAUCGUUCUUCGUGCCCGAAUUCUCCCUCUUUCCCCCCCUUCUUCUUCGUUCCUCGAAAGACAGAUUUCCCAGAACAUUGCCAUAUCUGUCCUGGCAUUCCCUUCCACAAUUUCCUCAUUCCUCCUCAGCAAAGCCUCUGUCAUUCACCAUCUCUUGAUCCAAGAAAGCCCAGAGAGCCGCUCGUUUGCACGGGUUCUCAGAAUCUACACCCACUUGGUUCAUACCCACAUCUGCAAUUCCCUUCUUACCCUCUCUGCAAAAGCCAUUUCUUUCUCCCUGAUGCAUUGGGCCCACGGGUUCUUCGCUGCUGCCGUCUCCUGCCUGAUUCUUGGCUACACAUUCAUAAUCUCCAACACAGCUUUGAUUGUCUCAGGAGUUGAGGGAAGCGGGGGCUUCACCCAAACUCUCAAUGUGUGCGCUUUGAUCAAGGGAAACGAGGGAGCAGCGCUCUGGUUGACCGUCUGGACCAACUCUGCAUUGGCUGCAGUUGAAUUUCUGUUCCAAUGCAGAGUUGUCCAGGGGAAUCGCGACGAAGAAGGGACUGCAGGGAUUUUAUCAUCAGCAGCUUUGGAAGGGAUCUUCAUUGCCUAUUUGUAUUCCGUUCUUCUGGUCGUGGACACGAUCGUGGGCUGUUCUUUGUUCACCCAGAUAGUCCAGGACAGAAGAAGAUUGCAGUUCCAUAGUGAGAUGGAAGAUCAGGAUGAUCAUUGUAAGAGUGUAAAUUAUAUAGGGAGUACCGAAUUUUGUUUCCCAGAUGUGACCUGUGGAACCACAUAGGCUGCCUGUUUUUUAUGCAUCUUUUUGCAAUAAACUGUCAAUAUAUAUGCUAGAAAAGAUUGAUGUUAAUAUUUCACCAAUUCUUCGAGACGAUAUAUUCUCUAUAUCCUAAAAUAGAUUUCUCUUGAAAGUACAUGGAAAACCAUGUUUAUUUUAAAUUUCAUUAUAUUUAAAUCGAAUUCUCAAAGUGAUUCUUUCUAAUAAAAUAUUUUUCUAAAU